AUCGGGACAUUGUUAAUCAUUCCGGAAGAUCUACACCGAUUACUUUCCUAUUUCAAAAAGGUGUUCCAACAGUUACUACGAUGUCAUUAACCGGGCAUAAAAGCGAGUCAUCAUACAGAAUUUAUGCACGUCCGUCACAGCAGCAAAAAGAAGAAGCACUAUCAUUAUUAAUAAAUAAUGUUGGAACUUUACCUUUAAAAGAUUCAGAAACUUCAAACAAUUCAUCAAGUAGUUCUGAAGAUUUAAACGAUACAAGGAAAAUCAAAAAUACUGUUUCAACGAAUUUAUUCUCAUCAAUUAAUCCUUCUGUUAUGAAACCAUUCCGAUCACCUUUACGAAAUAUUAAAAAUAAACCUCACAGCAGUCAGCGAGUUUCUCAUAAGAUUUUCAAUAAGAACAAUUCUUCUGAAGGACAAGAUUCGAUUGAUUAUGAUGAUGCUAAA